CAGAUCUAAAGAUCAAGGAUGGCGCAGCUCGAGACGAGCUACCGGCGGCUGGACUCCUUCUACGAUGAAGAGAUGGACAGUCCGCCCAACGAGAGGGAACUUCUGGUGCACGCUGUGGACAGCAACAAGGCUCAUCGUUGGAACCACAUUGAAAACUUGGAUGACUUCUUUACAAGGGUGUACCAGUACCAUCAGCGCCAUGGCUUCCUCUGUAUGAUGCUGGCUGAGAUCCUAGAGUUACUGCAAUUCAUCUUUGUUUUACUUUUCACCACGUUCCUGCUACAGUGUGUGCAUUACGAUGUGCUGUUUGGGGACAAGAACCCCCACCCUGAUAGAAAAGUCACCCUACCUGAAGCCCUGGUGCCAUUGGACCAGUGUGCAAGCAGUUUGGACUCCAGAAUCGUUGUCUGUCUGGUGUUGGCUUCCUUCUUCUGGUUCCUUCGCUUUAUCAAGGUCGUGUACAACUUCUUCCGCUACUGGGAGAUCAGGACAUUCUACACACAGGCCCUCAAGAUAUCACACAAUGACCUGCCCAACAUGACGUGGCACGAGGUGCAGCGAUGCCUCCGGCAGGUCCAGGUGGAACAGCAGAUGUGCAUCCACAAACAGGAGCUCACAGAACUGGAUAUCUACCACAGAAUCCUGCGCUUCAAAAACUACACGGUUGCCAUGGUGAACAAGUCGCUGCUACCGCUCAAGUUUCAGCUGCCUGGCAUGGGAGAACUAGUUUUCCUGACCAAUGGCUUGAAAUACAACUUGGAAAUGAUAUUAUUUUGGGGCCCGUGGUCUCCGUUUGCCAACAACUGGCACCUGAAAGAAGACUACAAGAAGAGCAGCAAGAGAGUGGAACUGGCUAACAAGUUGUCCCGACACAUCCUGUGGGUGGGGAUAGCGAACCUGCUCCUGUGUCCCUUCAUCCUGAUGUGGCAGAUCCUGUACUCCUUCUUCACCUAUGCUGAGGUGCUGAAACGCCAGCCAGGCAGCCUUGGUGCUCGCAAAUGGUCCCUUUAUGGACGAUUGUAUCUUCGCCAUUUCAACGAGCUUGAUCAUGAGCUUAAUGCAAGAUUAACCCGAGCCUAUAAACCUGCUGAGAGAUAUAUGAGCUCCUUCACUUCCCAUGUGAUGACACUUAUAGCAAGACAUGUAGCAUUCCUGGCGGGUGCCAUCUUUGCUGUGUUGGUUGUUCUGACCAUCUAUGAUGAAGAUGUCCUGACAAUCGAGCAUGUCCUGACCAUUACCACUCUCAUGGGUGUGCUUGUUGCUGGUUGCCGGGCCCUUAUACCAGAUGAGAACAUGGUGUUCUGCCCCGAGCAGCUGAUGGUGUGUAUCCUGGCCCAGAUCCACUACAUGCCUGACAGGUGGAAGGGGCAGGCACACACGUACAGGGUCAGGGACGAGUUCUCACAGCUCUUCCAGUACAAGGCUGUGUUCCUCCUGGAGGAGCUGCUCAGCCCCAUCAUCACUCCACUCAUCCUCAUCUUCUCCCUGCGCUCCAAGGCGCUGGACAUCGUGGACUUCUUCAGGAACUUCACGGUGGACGUGGUCGGGGUGGGAGACGUUUGCUCCUUUGCUCAGAUGGACAUCAAACGCCACGGCAACCCGCAGUGGACUGGUGAGAAACAGCAGGCGGAUGUGUCCCAGUACCACCAGGCUGAGGACGGCAAGACUGAGCUGUCACUCAUGCACUUCACACUCACUAACCCCACCUGGCAGCCUCCCCGGCACUGCAACAAGUUCAUCAACCACCUCAAGGAACAAGGUAAAACUCAGGGGCUGGUAUUUGCAAGCAACCAUGGAGUAUUUCUCCCCUCAGUGUCAAAGAUAUUUUCAGAGGGAAAGAAAACAGUUGUUUGGUAUCAGCUUUUGUCAUGUUUUGACAGUGAGUCUUUUACUGGUAUUUUGUAUAGAUCUUAACAAAAUUGAUUGUCAGAAAAUUUACCAGCUGAUUGCAUGC